AUGGCCACUUUCCGAAUUUUCCGCCAGCUACAACGUCAGUGCCAUUCGACCCUCUCAAUGAAACGUUUCACCGGUCUCUGCGCAUACCUCUCUGUAGCAUUGGAUCAUGGAUACCCUCUCCCCGACCACGCGUUUGACCUCUUCUUCACCAGCCAUCCGAGCUUUGGAGGAGUGGCCUCGGACCCCCUGGGCGACGUCUCGUAUCAUACAUGGUUGAUCGAAAGGCCAACUCCGACGGUCGGACUCCAUCGUAUCGUGACUCGUGAUGGUCUUGGCGCCAUCGCCGAAGAGAACCCUUUCACCUUCACUUUGACAAGACGGAAACUGGACAAAUGGAUGCAUAAAAAGGAUUUCAGCGAAAAGGGAGAUCACAAGGGAAAGAGUGCGGCAAUCCGAUGA